UCUGAGGAGCGGAAGCGGGGAGGCGGGGCUAGGCUCGACAGGGGAGCGGAAGAGGCCCCGGCGGCUGGGUGAGGCGCUGAGACGGUUUGGCUGUGUGUCCUGGGCCAGGCGCAGCUAAAAGGCCCGCAACCCGGGGAACGCCAAAACAAACAGAAGGACUUGGGAUUCCGGAGCAGUCGCCCCUGUUGCUGCUGCUGCCGCCGCGGACACCACCGACCCCGCUGCCAGAGGACUGGGCUCUGAAAGGCGUCUAGGCCUAGGCGCGGCCCGCGGAGCCAGACGUGUUGCUGCCGUGAGUAAAACGAGCGCCCUCUCCGCAGUCGUUUACAAAUUAAAAUGGAGGAAAUUUCGUUGGCCAAUCUGGAUACUAACAAGCUAGAGGCCAUCGCUCAGGAGAUUUACGUAGACCUGAUAGAGGAUUCUUGUUUGGGAUUCUGCUUUGAGGUGCACCGGGCAGUCAAGUGUGGCUACUUCUACCUGGAGUUCGCAGAGACUGGUAGCGUGAAGGAUUUUGGCAUUCAGCCAGUGGAAGACAAAGGAGCGUGCCGCCUACCGCUUUGCUCCCUUCCCGGAGAACCUGGGAAUGGGCCUGAUCAGCAGCUGCAGCGCUCACCUCCGGAAUUCCAGUAGCUGCAAAAUGAGAGUCUCAAAGUGGCCAGGACAAUAACAGACUGGUCCUGUGGCUUGGAGGAGUAAGCUAAGUAGAAAAAAAGUAGAAAAAUCAGACAAAAGUUCUAAUUCCCCUUGAAGAUACUAGCAUUUAAAAACCCAAAGUGGAUAGUUUAGGAAUCCUUUUUUUAAAGUGUAUUACCUGGAGCAAGCUCUGAAGCCCUGGGCAGGAGGAGCUGCACAGCCUGCGGGCCAUGCAGUGCCUGUUGAAAUACACCAGGAUGUGCGCAAGAUCCUGUAGUGCCCCCCAGUGCACAGGUGAGCAGUUGUGUGCCCAGCAUAUAAAAUUUUUGGUUCCUCAGCCUUUCUGUCUGCCUGAUGUCAAGGGCUUCCUGGACAGUUUGGACAUCACAGUCUGUCAGGCCGUAAUCAGUGGCCUGCAGUGGGACUGCCCCUUUGAUAUCUGAACCUUUGAUAUGGGCUUCUCUGAGACAAGAAAAUGUCAGGUGCAAGAUCUGGAUACUAACAUUUUCAAUUUGUGAAAUCCAAGGAAAAGAAGUCUCAAGUGUGAUAGGGAAGCUCUGUAGCCUUGACUCCAGCAAGAAGAAAAGG